AUGGCACAUGGGAAAGGAGGUCACUCCAUUCAAAGAGGAAGACCUUAUCCUGAGGAGUUUGAUUUAGUGCAGUACCCUAAAGGUUUUGUUGCCCCUUCCUUCGAACUCUUUGAUGGUGUGGGAAACCCACAUCAGCAUUUAGCUCACUUCAGAGCUGGGAGUUGUAAUGUGGGUGGCAGUGAUGCUCUUCUUUUCAGGCAGUUUGUAAGUAGCCUUUUUGGUGUAGCUUUUGACUGGUAUGCUGAGUUACUAAAUGGCUCAGUGAAGACUUUUAUAGAGUUGGAGUUCUUGUUUGUGAAGAGAUUUGCUGGAGCCCAACAUCACAUUAUAGUGGGAGACCUUGUAGUGGAGAGGCAGAAGCCAAAUGAGGGGUUGGUGGAUUACAUUCUUAGGUGGAGGAACCUUAGCCUAAAAUAUGAACCACAACUCCAAGAACAGCAUGUCAUAGAAAUCUUACUAAGAAAUAUUCAUGGUCCAAUAGCACUCAUCCUUAAGGGCUUCACUAUUUGGACCUUUGAAAAAUUGCUUAGUAAGGCAUCUAGCCUUCAGUCUGAAGCAUCUCAGUUGUCCUUCCUUAGAGAUAACAGUAAUGGUGGCAAGGCUAAGAAAUUCAAGCAGAAAAUAAUUGAAAGAAAAGACAAUGUGUCAGUAUUAUCUUUUCAAAAGGAAAAGCAGAUUCAGAUUACUGAGCAACAGCAACCUACAAAGAUUACUGAACAACAACCCAAAAAAGAUAAGGAGAGGGUAGUCAAAAAGCCUGAUCCUAGGGGAUUGACAGAAAAGAUCAACAAACAAUAUUCUUUUAGGAGAGAUACUACAAAGAAAAUCUUCAAGUCCUUGAUCCAAGAUGACAAUUUCCAACUCCCAAAACCCAAAAGACCAAUAGAAGUUGAUAAGAGUAAUGAUCCAAACUAUUGCCCUUAUCAUAAGAUGUUGGGUCAUGUUUUGGAGGAUUGUUAUGUCUUUAAAGAUUGGGUUCAAAAUGAGUACAAGUCUGGUAGGAUGAGUAUUCAUAAUGAAUACUUAGCAAACCCAUCACAAGGGUUUGCUAAGGUUAUUCAUGUGGAGGUCAUCCCUACCAAGGGCAAAAAACAGAGUCAACCACUAUAG